AUGCCCCGGGGAUCUCCAAAUCGCAAUCACCACCUCAUCUCGGUCUUGAACUCGCCUUCUGCCUCUUCUCUUUCGCCGUCGUCUUCACCAGAACCUCAACAGCUUUCUUCAGACUCCAACAUGGGCCGAAAGAACAUGCGCUCAAGUCCCCAGGAGGACAACAUGCCCGUCACCUAUACUCCGACCACCCACCGCAUCAGUAAAGCAAAGAAGGGCAAGCGCGUACAUGCUUGCCAGCAUGACGGCUGUGGAAAGGUCUUCACCAGAGCCGAGCACAAGAGACGCCAUGAAUUGAACCACAACCCCGAGGCUUCGUAUCGCUGUACACAGCCAGGAUGCAAGAAAACCUUCCACCGCACGGAUCUACUUGCGCGCCACAUCGAGAGACACGAGCUUGAGUCGCAAACAGAACAGCCCUCGUGGGCACCCAAACAAGAACCCAUGCUCCCCGAAUCCGCUAUCCCGCGCUGCAUGGCAAUGGGCAAUGGACUGUCAUUGACCGCGGCCCCUCAACCAAACACUAUGUCUAUUGGCUCUGUCGUGGCACCGGGAAUUCACCCAGAUCUGGUAAACGACUGCUCUUUGAUGUGGAGCGGCGUCGACUUGCCUUUGCAGCCCCGACCAACAUUCCACAACCACCUUUCCGAAGCUGCGGACGACAGCCCAUUCUACUCCUCCCCCGCAGAGACCUGCCCAUCACCUCUGUCCGAUACCACUUUCUCCCGCCCUUCCCACUCCGGCUCCAUGUCCUCCACCUCUACGUCCAUCAUGGACCACUACUCCAAAACCAUGUUCAAGAGUGAUAUCCACACAUCGCCUCUCCAAGCUCCCGCACUCCUCCGCUGGGACCCUGACACCGGCAUGCCCCCAUCCCACCUGGUUCCCAUGUCCAUGGGAGAGAAUCUGAUCCAACCCCCCGACCAGUGUCACUACCCUUCUCCAUCAUGGUCCAACUCUGAAUGUCUCCCCUACGAGGAUCACGUUCCAACCAUGCCCCACUUCCACUCCGCCUGGGGCAUGUGA